AUGGCUGGGCUCCUGGGGCUCCAGCUGUUCCCCAUGCUCCUUGUGCUCCCCUGCAACCUGGCUGCCCAAGAGGUGUGGCAGUCCCCCACCUACACGAUCGCUUUAGAGGGGGACUCUGUCAACAUCACCUGUUCCACCCGGGGGCCACUGCUUGGCAUCUACCUGAAGCAAAGGUGGCCGAAGCUCAGCAACGUGAUUUACUAUGAAAACGGAAGGGAGCCCACCGUGGACCAGCGGUUCCAGGGCCGCGUCACCUUCUCAGGGCUGCAGCACAAUCUGACCAUCAGCAUGCACCACAUGCAGCUGGCCGACACUGGUGACUACGCCUGCCAGGCCAUCAUGAAUAGCGAGGUCUGGGGCCCCGGGACGUUGGUCGUGGUGACAGAAAAACUGCCCCAAACAGUGAACACAUGCCAGGAGACUCAGCUGAUACACUUUGCCCUUCCCACGGCCCUGGCUGUGGGCUUCUUCCUCGUCGGGCUGGGGCUGGGAGCAGUGUGUGUGCUGAGAAGGACACAGAUCCAGAAACUUUGCUGUGCGAGGGAUAAGAACUCGGUGUGCGUGAUCUACGAGGACAUGUCCCACAGCCGCUGUAACACCAUGUCCAUCCCCAACCAGUACCAGUGAGCCUGGCAGGACCCCAGACCUCCCUCUGUCCAGCAGAGCUCUGGGCAGACCAUCCAACCCAGCGCAGACACACAGGCAGCUCCCCACAGCAGUCAGGCUCCUGCUGCCUCCUCCAGGCAGCCCUCCUUGCCUGCCUCCCACCCUUGAGGCUGCUCCUGGCACCUUGGAGCCACCGGGAAGGAAGCUUUUCUGUCAUCCUGCU